CAACUUCAUUAAGUCCUCGCCUGAGUCUUCCACCACAAACCGCGGCGACUUUUACUGUUGCAAAUCUGCCUCGCACAUUGUCUCUGUGCUCAUUCUUGGACUUGGGACAGCAUGGCCGAUCUACAAUUGACCCGGACCGGCGAUGUUCACAUCAGAGUACAAGACUACCUCGACGACCAGAUACAGACCGCAGCGGACCUCGAGCAGGUGGAUAAUCUGCUUGUCAGGGUUCAAGAGCAACAAGACCUAUUGAGAAAACAGCUUCGAAGUGCACGAGAAAGUCUGCGAGAUGCCCAAUCCCGGGUUGAGGAGCGGUCCAACGACCUGAGGACAAAAGCCGAAGCUUUUCAAGCCCAACAGGCUGAUUUCAACCGACGCCUCGAGGCCCUUGCCCUAUCGGACGCCAGUGAUGAAGCCACCAGCAAGAUUGAGGCGCGAAUGAGCAAGGUCCGCAACCUCGAAAUAGCCCAGGGAUAUCUUGAACUUGUCCAGCAAUUGAACACUCUGCGGAACGAGGCCAGACAAAAUCUCUCCGCGCACCCGGAGGUAUCUUUGCGUGCCUACCUUCGCCUGCGGAGCCUAUGGCAGCAUUUGCAAGAUGCCCAGCCAGCCGCCGAGGGGGCUGCGCCUCAGUUGUUGUACAUGUUUGAACAGGAGUCAAAGGACCUUUAUACUCAAAUCAAGGCGGUACUCGAGGCCGCUCUUGCAGAGACCCUGGAGCAGAUGAAGUGGCCCGGGAAAGAGUUGAAUAUGUCCAAUACCAACGAAAAACAAUGGAAGCAGCAGGUUGAACUGCUUUUGCAGCUCCAGGAACCUGAUUUGAUCGCCUCCUUCGGCGACAAGCUCGCUACUGGCCCUUCUGUCUCCGUCGAACCUGUCGUUCUGCUUCCUUUGGAGGCCAUGGUGCAACCUCUUACCGUCCGAUUCCGGUAUCAUUUCUAUGGAGAGAGGCCGACGAACCGGUUGGACAAACCGGAGUAUUUUCUCACUCACAUCCUGGAUCUCCUUGAUCGACACAGCGCAUUUAUGUCAGACAUGCUUGGACCUAUAUUGGACGAGCGAGCACGGGCGUCUGAGGCCUUGGAAUCCAUCUAUACUGACGGAGUAUCCGCCUUCAUUACUGCCUUGCUCCCUGUGGUGAUUGAAAAAUGCUUGUCUUUUCUUCCGCAAAUAGCCCGAGAGCCACAGCUCCUGUCUCAUUUCAUGCAUGAGCUCAUGGCGUUUGACACAGCCAUUCGAGAAUCAUGGGGAUAUAUGCCGAUCCCCCGAAUGUUGACAGAAUGGAAAGGGGUAACAUGGAUCAUUUUGGAAAAGCAUGGCUAUUUCGCUCCAUGGCUGGCUGUCGAGAAAGAUUUCGCAUUGUCUCGCUACAAGAGCAUCAGAGACGCACCUGAUAGCGGAGACGUUGACUUUGACGCCGAUGCCACGCAAACCAAACCCACAAAGGGUGCAAUCCGCCUAAACGAUCUUCUGGAAACCAUCACAAAUCGAUAUCGAGGUCUCUCUUCUUUUAGCCAGAAAAUGAAGUUUCUCCUGGACAUCCAACUAUCGAUUUUCGACGACUAUCAUAACCAUCUACACGGUGCCCUUCAAGCCUACCUUGUUGCUUCCCACACCGCCGGACGGCUGCUGCACGGCGGAUCCGAAGCCGACGCAUUCGGUCUGAAAGGACUGGAGUCGUUGGCCAAGAUCUACGGAAGUGCCGAGUUUCUUGAACGCAAGAUGUCGGAUUGGAGUGACGAUGUCUUCUUCUUGGAACUGUGGGAUGAACUUCAUUACCGAGCCAAAACCAAUUCGGGUGCCAAUGCCUCCAUUGGGACGAACUUGAGAGUAGAUGAUGUGGCAGCAAAGACAUCCAAUUCGAUCAAAGCGACCGAGUCCUCUGACGCAGACGGAGAUGCUGGUGGAAGUGGGCUCUUCGAUCAGACGGCUCUUGCGUACCGCCGACUCCGUGAGCGCUGCGAGGAAGAAAUCCAUCGUGCAUUCGAAGUCAACGUGCGUGCGGCUCUCAGGCCGUAUGCAAAAUAUGCACAGUGGUCCUCUUUGAUCGGGACACCGUCAGACGCUUUGUCUACGGCACCAUCCCCGAGUCUUGAUGGGUUCUUCGAGACCACGGCUGUUCUUCUGGGCUAUUUGGCCCGAGUCCUCUCCCCUGUGUCGAUGCGUCGAAUCACCAAGCAUUACUGUGCAGCGGUGCAGCGGGAGAUAUACGACAAUGUCCUCAUGCAUCAUACCUUCUCAGCUGCAGGCGCAGCUCAACUCAAGCGAGACCUGGGCGCAAUUGAGGAGAGUAUUGCAAAGACCGCCAAACUGCCCGGCGUCAUUGGCGCUAGUAUGAAACGGCUCGAAGAAGCAGUGUUUCUCCUUUCGCUGAAUUCGGGCAUAAAUCCACAGCGGAAUUUGGCCGAUGGCGAAGAGGAUGCUUGGGGCUUCGGGGACGGCGACGCCGAAGGUGAGGAAGUUGUACCAGAACAAGGCACCACUUCAAACCAAAAUGAUGGUUCUGGUGAUGGUGAAUCCGGAGAAAUGGGUCUCUGGGAUGCCGAAAAACUCAUCUUCGAGAGUAACGAGGCUGCCAGGAAGGCUCUGUCGGAUAUGGGCCUCUAUCACCUUAGCGAAGGAGAUGCCAGAAACAUAUUGAAGCGCAGAGUGGAACUCAACGGCUGAAAGAAGCUAGACUCGAAUAUGUUCAAGAAGUCUUCGUAUCCCUCAUGGAAAGACGGCCGACAUUGAGUUGUUGAGGGAUUUGGACGAGGGCAGAAAAGAGACCUCUGGCUGCCACUCGUUCAGCCUUGCUAGUCACGUGAACCGGUGACCUAGGUUUCACGUGACUAGCCCCUGACGAGGCUGUGAGUCGUGUUAACUCUCCAGCUCAGUACACUUGCUUACCUUCCACUCAGCCCCUUUGACUGGGACAGCGGUCUGUCAACUCUAUGCUCUGUCAAUCUAUGCUCUCAAGAAGCUACCAUACGCCUAUUUCUUUAUAUAUACCACAAUAUUACAAACAAAUCCUUGAAGAUUUACUUAGCAAUAUACACUCGAAGGCUAGAUGAUGCCUUGUCUCUUUUCCCCUUCUGGAUCUGCAUCUCCUCCAAUCCACGCCAGAUUUUGUAUUGCCGCCAAGCCAUACAGCGCGGAAAAAUUGGUCGUGAUCCAAGGGAUUUCCACCGUCCCCGGGAUCAAAGUCUCAGUCGACUUGACCACUUCCGUCCGCCACUGGCAGCGAAGGUCAUCAUGUGAAUCAUGUCCAUAGCCUUCCAAAGUCAAGAAUUCCCCCCAUGCUCGUCGGGCAAGUUCAUGGUCGCCGAGCUGACGAGCCGCAUACGCCGUUAAUCGAGAAUGGCCCUGGCCGAGCUGAGUUGCUCCAAAGGCGACGCCAUACCGUUCGAUCUGUUGGGAGGGGUCCGCAUUGAAGUAGCGACAGUAAUCCAGCCAGACACUCCUAAAGCCCCCUUCGUCAGGGAACAGAGAAAUCAAUUCUGAGCACACUUCCACCAGUCCAAACAUUGCCGACAGAUGAGAGACCUGGACUUGUCCGACACCAUCAUCGAACACGGGCUUGAUGGUACCUGUAGGAACAUGGUACAAAACCGUUCCUGUGACGAAACCAUUUUUGAGCUGAGCAAUGCCACGGAUCGAUUGGAGGAGUUUGGAUCUAGCAAGGUCAGAACGAGGACCAUUUCUUUCCCACUCUAUCAGCCACGAUGCCGCCAGAGCCGACCAGUCUGUUCCAAGGGAAAUGAUGGCCGUGUCGGAAGAUCGAAUGUCUUGAAGGUCCUCUCGCACUUUGCGAUAGGGAUUGAGCGUCAACAAAGUCUGUUCGCCUUCCAAGGUCUCGCUCAACAGGUCACCUACUCUCUCGUCACCUCCGGAGAUGUAGAAAUAGAACCUACGGUAAAGAGCGUUGGAGAUGCGGAGCUGUUUACAGCUGUCGGACCAAUGUUGAACGCCGUGUCGAGUCCCAAG